AGCGCCUCGCUCUAUCAACCUCCACCAACAUCUGCGGCCCGCAGUUACUCAGCCCCUCGCCUACUUCACCUCCCUUUUUCAUCUCAACUAGCGCCCUCCAGGAGCACUCGACAGUAAACUAUCCACUACACACUUAUUCCAAACACCCCUCAAACCCAUCUUGUGCAUCACUGAAGGGCCUUUCCUCCCUCUCAUCAAAUGGCAGGACCCGGUGGUGGCCCUUCGAGGCGCAGUCACACCAAGUCCCGAAAAGGAUGCAAGACGUGCAAAAAGAGGCAUAUUCGCUGCGAUGAAACCUUCCCUCAAUGCCGGAAUUGCACGAAGCACCAGGUCCGCUGCGACUACAUGGACAGCCCGACAGCAAUGAUCCCUGAGUCUCCAAAGUCUCCCCAGCAACCCAACCUUCUCUGGACGCCCGAGAUUGAUGCCACUAUUGAGCUCUGGCGGCAGACUGGAGAGUUCCCGUUUCCCGAACUGAGGGUGUAUCCGCAACCGCAAUGGCGCAUUUUCCCCAAGACCGACCUGCGUCUCGUCCACCAUCUUGCCUCGAUCUCGAAUGAGAUGUUCAGAAAUCGGACGUCCAAACUUACUCUCUGGACUGACAUGAUGCCAAAAUUUCUGAGCCUCGCCGCAUCGCAUCCUUUCGUGAUGCACUCUAUUCUCGCAUUUUCCGCAUCGCAUCUGGCGUGGAUCAGUCAGUCGAGCGAAACGCGAAAUCUCGCGUUUCACCACGCCGGCAUUGCGCUGAAGGGCUUGCAUGAAGGCAUCGCAAACUUCACAAAAGUCAAUUCGGAUGCGGUGCUCGCGUCUUCUCUUCUUCUCGCAUGGCAAGCCACUGACUGGCGAGGUUGGGCCUCGUUGGUUACCGGCACCAAGACUGUCAUCCAGGCAAUGCAACCGUGGCGGCAUGAGUCCAUGUUCGCUGACUACAUUGCCGAACACAGCCCAAUGCCCAACAAGAACUUCAUGAACCCGAUCAGCUCGCCAAUCUCCCAAGAAGCGCGAAGGGAGCACCUCAAUAUCCUGUCAGAUAUUCAAAGCUCCUUACAACGACUACAGCCAUAUCUCAGCCUCAACAGACACGAGCAGGAAGGAAAAUGGGUCGACCAGCUACGCGGUUACAUCGAACGAUUAAGAACGUCUGGCGCCGCGCAAACAACUGAAGAGCAGUUUGGUCAGCUCUACGCUCUCCGGAAAUGGCUCUUCUGGGUACCAAUAUCUCUCCUGGCAGCCAAACGCAUGGAUGCCACCGUUCUGGUUGUGCUCGCCCACUUCUACGCAACGGCCCUGGCUUUGGAGCCCAUGUUCCCGGACAUUGGAUCCGUCUUCUGCGCGAAUCUCGCCCUUGGUCCGUUGGAGGAGAUCAUCCUAAUUGUCCAGGGCUACCAGAACCCCAGCUAUGAUGACCGGACACAGUCCGUCUCGUAUCUGAUCCAGUUCCCCAGUGACAUGGCUUCCUCCUACAAGACACGGCGGGAUUGGCUAAGACAGCAAGCUAUAGAAGCCUCGCCAGUGCAGCAGCCACCGUAUGGUUUGGAGACGUUGAACCUGGAUCUUCAGAAUCAGAUCGCGCAGUACAGCUACGGCCAGAGUCUAAGUCCAGCCUUCGCGCCCUCGCCGCUCAAUUUCUUCCCUACGCCAGGGAUGUCGUCCGGCCAGACGUCGCCUUACCUCGAAGUACCGCGUACAACCGUCGAACAAUACGGUGGGAGUAGCUUCGCGUCUCCGCUGGGGUCACCUGCAGCUGUACCGCCGCCAUAUUCGGUACCAGAAGAACAUGCAUUCAGUUUUGGUAUGCCCCCUAUGGGAUACCACCCCAGCGGGUUCGUGGCCACUCCUACUACAAUCUGGACGUAAAUACACGAGGCUGAACGAUCGUCCAGGGACCCGAAGUUGAAGUCACAGCCUCCCUCCACUGCUGCAACCGCGCCCGACUACGGCAAGGCCCCGGCUCCAGCUACAACAAGAUCCUUCGAGGGCCAGAACGCUCCUCAGCAGCAGCUUCCCCCGCUUCAAUACAGUCAUGCCUGAGAUCCACUUCGGGGAGGAAAAGCGAAAG